AUGCUCACCCAGUUACACCCGAUCAGCUCCGAAUCCCCCGCCCAGGCUGCUGCUCAGUCAACCCCCGUCUCCCCCGUCGCUCAGGAAGUCAACCCCCUCAACCCCAAGGGUCUCAAGCCCUGUUGCGCUUGCCCCGAAACAAAAUCCGCCCGAGACGACUGUUUCAUCAAGUCUGCUCCCGGAGAAGGAGAUAUCGCGUGUAAGGACCUGAUUGAGGCGCACAAGGCUUGCAUGAGGGGUUACGGUUUCAAGGUCUAG